AUGUCAGACAAAAUAAAGCCAGUGGAAGAGAAGCCCCCAGUCCAUUUGGAGGUCGAUCCCGGCCCUCCCGAACCCCCUCCCAGUCCAGCCAGUGGGGUUAGUAAGCCCAAUAGUACUGAUAACAUCGACACUUCCCAAUACGGACAAAACAUUAUUCAGACCCCAUCAUUGAACCCCUUUGAUGAAGAGGACAAGAAAGAACCCGCAAGGAUGGUCUCAGUCGACCUAAAGAGAGCUAAAUUUGAGCUGGUAAGAGCACCGUAAUUGUGAUAACAUAAUAUUUUUGUAGGAAGAAGAUGAGGAAGAUCCACCUUCAGAAAGUUCGGAGAGUGAAGCGAAAGAGGCCUUGUAUGAGAAAAGCAAAAUGGAAAAGUUCUUGAAUCUAAUGCUAUGCAGGAAGGACCUCGCAGAAAAGAAGUUGACAGAGAAACCAGUGUCUUUAAAGGAAUUGGUAAGUGUAAUAUGAAAGUAUUUCAAAUUUAUAUUCAAAACGUUUGUUAUACGAGAUUUGGAAUUCAAACUGGCAGUAAAGUAAUUUCGACCCUUUUUAACGACUUACCGUAGUUAAUCACAUCAUCUCUCUUUUUCAGUUCAAAUAUGGUAACCGAUUAGACGAUGUCCUGGUUGUUUGCGGCAUGAUCAUGGCCUUCUUAUGCGGAUUCUGCCAGCCAUUCUUCGCCAUUAUCGCUGGAAUGUUGGCCAAUACCUUGUUGUUGUUGGAUGUACAGGACGAACGUUUUAGACACGAAGGAAUGAAGGCCGUCGGGGCCUUCCUUAUUGUUGGUUGUUUCCUUGUUGUUGUUGCUUUCAUUCAGGUAAGUUAAAUCUGUGGCACCACGACAUUUCCGGAAUUUGGACACUUCCGGAAUGGCGGAAUAGUGACACUUCCGGAAUGGCGGAACAGUGACACUUCCGGAACCGGGGAAAAAUCAAAGAAGAGGCUUAGACCUGCCAUCUGAACCAUCUGACUGGAUUUAUUGUUAUUAAUCUCAAAAAUUUUGUUAUUUUUUUCUGAUUGUUACUUUUUUCUUAAGUAGUAGUGUUAAAAAGUAAUUUUUCGAUUUUUUUCUAAAAAUACUCGAUUUAGGGGUUUUCAAGGUUGCUGAUUUCGAAUAUCGGGUUCAUUUUUUCUGAACUAUACUAGUUUUCCUUAAGCAGUAGUGUUAUAAAGUAAUUUUUUGAAAAUUUUCUAAAGAUACUCGAUUUAGGGGUUUUCGAAGGUGCUGAUUUCGAAAAUCAUGUUAGCUUUUCUCUUUAUAGUACUAUCUGGUACUAUACAGUACGAGGUGAAAAUGUGGCUUUUGGCGUUAAUGGUGUUGUUUUGAUGCUUGGUACUCCUCAAAAACACGUUUUAAAUAAUUGUUACUGUUUAGUACUGUCUGGUACUAUGUAGUACAAGGUAAAAAUUUGGCCUUUAGGCGUUAGUGGUGUUGUUCUGUUGCUUAGUACUCCUAUUUUCACCAUGUACUACAUAGUACCAGACAGUACUAAACAGUACCAGUUAUUUAAAACGUGUUUUUGAGGAGUACUAAGCAUCAAAACAACACCAUUAACGCCAAAAGCCAUAUUUUCACCUCGUACUGUAUAGUACCAGAUAGUACUAUAAAGAGGAAAGCUAACAUGAUUUUCGCAAUCAGCACCCUCGAAAACCCCUAAAUCCAGUAUUUUUGGAAAAAUUCCAAAAAAUUACUUUAUAACACUACUGCUUAAGGAAAACUAGUAGAGUUCAGAAAAAAUGAACCCGAUAUUCGAAAUCAGCAACCUUGAAAACCCCUAAAUCGAGUAUUUUUAGAAAAAAAUCGAAAAAUUACUUUUUAACACUACUACUUAAGAAAAAAGUAACAAUCAGAAAAAAAUAACAAAAUUUUUGAGAUUAAUAACAAUAAAUCCAGUCAGAUGGUUCAGAUGGCAGGUCUAAGCCUCUUCUUUGAUUUUUCCCCGGUUCCGGAAGUGUCACUGUUCCGUCAUUCCGGAAGUGUCACUAUUCCGCCAUUCCGGAAGUGUCCAAAUUCCGGAAAUGUCCUGAUGCGAAAUCUGUAAUUAUAGCAUUAUCUUCUUUAUUACGCUGAAAUUGAUUUUUCUUUCAGUUCUGUUGUUUUAACAUUGCUUGUAUAAGGAUUGUCCGUCGAAUUCGAGUCGAAUAUCUCAAGUCAAUCCUCCGACAAAAUGCUGGAUGGUUCGAGAAAAAUCACAGUGGAAUGCUGAAUACCAGGCUUAAUGAGUAAGAGAUUGAUUCAUUAAUUAAUACCGUAAUUUCAGUGGUUAUCGAGUAAUUGCAAUAUUUCAGCAACAUCGAAAGAAUUUGCGAAGGAAUCGGAGAUAAAUUGGGACUUCUGAUCAGAACGGCCGUUCAAUAUUCCGCCGGCACGAUUGUGGCUUUGGUGUGGUCCUGGCAAAUGACACUACCCUUGUGCCUCGUCUCUCCUCUAAUUGCCGUGGCUAUGUCCUUAUCUGCCAAGGUAUAAUUUUAUCUUCGACUUCACCCCUCUAGUAUAACAUUAGGAUUUUUUUAAAACUUAAACGAUUUUUUCCAGAAAAUCGGAAACGCCUCCAGGGAAGAGAUGGCCAUUUAUGGAAAAGCCGGCCAAAUCGCCGAGGAAGCCAUCUCCGGAGUCCGCACCGUCGCCGCUUUCAAUGGGCAAGAACAAGAAGUCGAGAGAUACUCAGAAGAGCUCGAGAAAGGAGUUCGUGCUGGUCUGAGGAAGGGAAAUCAUAGUGGAGUCCUCUCUGGAUUCAUGACCAUGAUCACUGUUGUUUACAUGGGUAUAGCCAUCCUUUAUGGUACCUUCUUGUAUCAGAUUGGGAUCCUCGACACUCCCGGUGAUAUCUUUGUUGUCCUCACUGCACUGUUAUCUGGUGCCUAUCAUCUUGGAAAUGCAUCUCCUCAUUUGAUGGUCCUCUUAACCGCUCGAGUCUCCGCUGCUACGAUCUAUAAGACGAUUGCCAGAACUCCGGACAUCGACGCCUAUUCCGUAAAAGGACGAAAACUGUACGAUCUGAAAGGAAAAAUCGUCUUCAAAAAUGUGGCAUUCAGAUAUCCAUCGAGAAAGGAUGUCAAAGUAAGUGGGCAAGGUGUAGAAAAUAGGAAAAACACAUGCAAUGUGGAUCACAAAUAUUUCUGACCAAAGCUUUCGAAAAAAAUCAAUCAAUAAUUUGUAGCACGAAUUGCCACAAGAUCCAUUGGAAAAGUUCGGGAUUCUCUAAAAAAGAUUUUAGAUCUAGAUCGACAGUUUAUUGUUGUAUAAAUUAAAGUUGAGUACUAAACAUUUCAUUUCAGGUUUUGAAGAGUCUCUCCUUUACCGUCCAACCUGGCCAGACCAUCGCGCUUGUUGGUCAUUCUGGUUCAGGGAAAUCAACUGUUGUUGGGAUCCUUAACCGUCUCUAUGAAUACGAAUCCGGUUCUGUGACCAUCGAUGGCCAUGAUGUAAGAGACCUGAACAUAAAAUGGCUUCGUCAGACCAUCGGCACAGUCCAACAAGAACCGAUUAUUUUCAAUGCGACUGUUGAAGAAAACCUGAAAAUGGGAAAUCCAGAUCUAACCGAACACGACAUGGUCCGAGCUUGUCAGCUGGCAAAUGCCCAUGAAUUCAUCGAGAAUUUGCCUGAGAGUUACUUGACAAAGAUUGGAGAAGGUGGAGUUCAAUUGAGUGGAGGACAGAAACAAAGAAUCGCCAUUGCCAGAACUUUGGCCAGAGACCCUAAGAUUCUACUGCUAGAUGAAGCCACUUCCGCCUUAGAUGCCAAUUCCGAGGCCAUUGUCCAAGAAGCUCUGAAUAAUGCUAGCAAAGGAAGAACUACCAUUGUGAUUGCUCAUCGAUUAUCAACUGUCAAGGUUUGUCGACUAUCCACUGCUUUGAUAGUCGUUUUCAGGAUGCUGAUCGUAUCAUUGUCAUGGACAAAGGCCGUUUCAUCGAAGCUGGUACUCAUAACGAACUCCUGGAGAGAAAAGGAGCGUAUGCGAGAUUGGUGAGAGCUCAGCAAAUCGAUAUGAUUCCUGCUGAAGAUGAAGUAGAAGAUGAUGGUUAUGAAGCAGAGGAUGUCGAUCACAAACAGCCUCUUACAGGAGCGAGUGCCGAAGAUUUGAGGGAGAGUAUUAGGAUGUCGUUUAAACGAGAUUUUAUGGAAAGUCAACAUUUGGGAGAUGCGGAAACGGAAGCUUUGGAGGUAAGGCAACCUAAAUUAUAAAAAUUUUUCUGUCACAUUUAGAUUGAAGUUACGAAAGAAGGUGCCAUGCACUUCUCGAUGACUCAACUGUUCCGCGAGGCCAGAUUCUUAUGGGGAACGUUGGGAAUUGCUGUUGGAUGUUGUAUUUUUAACUCGAUAUCCUUACCCGUCAACGCUUUAUUAUACGGAUUGGCCUUUGCUCUCUUUGAUGAUAGAAAUCGAGAAGAUAAAUUAUGGCCGGCAUUUCUGUUCUUCCUCAUGUUCCUGGUUUUGGCCUUCAUUUCGUUUUUUGCAGCUUGGUUUACCGUGAGUUUAUAUUGUCUAUGUUGAUUUUUUGUUUAUUGAUAUAAAACACAGCGGACCCAAAUUGACUUAUAAAAACAUAUAAUGACUUAUAAUGAAAUGAUUUUUUUAUAAGUCAUUAUCUGUUCUUAUAAGUCAUUUUAAAUGACUUAUAUGUUCAUAUAUGAUUUUAUAAGGGUUCUCUGUGCGCUUUUGUUGAAUUGACUUAUAAUUUCAUAUAUGUUUUUAUAAGUCAUUUUAUUUAUAACCGCACCGUGCAAAAAAAUGAACAUUUAUUUCAAUCAAUAACUCAAACAAUUAAGUGGCACAAGUAGAAUAAGACUUCAAUGCACGAAGGACCUGAGAUUUUUUGAUGGGGCGUUCGUCGCUUCUGUAGGCGGCCGUAGAUGUAUAUUAUUGCUUCUAAUGCUUCUGGUUUCACUGAAAAUAUUUGGAGAUAUUAGAAAAGUUUUUUUCGGGAAACUAUAAUAUGAGUUCGGCUUAAACUCAAUUUUUUUAUGCGUUACAUACUAACAGUAAAACAGAUGAAUUUGAACUGCCUAAAAGGUUUCUGGCGGAAAAAUUUUUAGACAUAAAAUUUGCGAUAUUGUACUAGGUCCAGGUGAAUGUUAUCAACCAUACCUGAAGCUACCGGAUGUCAUCUUUCUAUUCAUCGUGUAUACAUUGUCCAUUGGAUUCCUCCAUGACCAUUUUUGCAGUUAUCUAAAACCCAACGGGUUCACCUGGACCUAGUACAAUAUAACAAAACUUUGUCUUGAAGUUUUUUCGAGACCUCUGAAAUGUGGAAAACAGUUAAAAAAAACACCUACCAAAAUUGAGCAAAUGGAUCCUUUAGCAAUCCGUUGGUUGAUCGUGCAUGUUUAUACAUCUUCUGGGGAUGGAUCUUCUUGAGGCUGGCAUGCUCCCUGCACGGGAAGGCUAUUACGUUCGGGACUUUUCAUCUAAACACUCUAAACUCUUGCAAAACAAAAAAAGGCUGAUUAAAAGCAUCUUACUUUGAUCGAUCCAAGGUAGAAAUACGUCGCGACGUUCCAAAAACUUAGAAUUUCACAAGUCCAGCUCACGCGUGCACAAAGCAAAAAGCGUAUUUGGCGCUCAAAAGUUUUCUUUGCAAAGAACUUAUUUGUUAUUAUAAGUUCUUAUUUGUUUUUAUAAGUAAAGAGAAAUAAGCCCCUCCUCUUUUGACGUUAUUUUGACUUAUAAGUCAUUAUCUGUUCAUAUAAGUCGUUAUAUGUCUUUAUAAGUCAAUUUGGGUCCGCUGUGAAUAGUCAAUGAGAUUUUAGACUUAUAUGUUUGGCAAAGUUGGAGAACGUCUCACGAAGCACCUCCGCGUCUGCGCCUUCCAGAAUAUUCUUCUCCAGGACGCUUCUUACUUUGACGAUCCCCGCCAUACUCCAGGGAAACUGAUUACCCGCUUGGCUACCGAUGCCCCCAAUGUGAAGGCGGCGAUGGAUACUCGAUUAGGGCGUGUUCUUCUCGGCAUCUUCUCCUUGUUCAGUGCCAUCAUCAUUGCGUUGUUUUUGAACUUCUACUUGACCGUGGUUUGCUCGAUCAUGUUUGUUUUGUUGGGAUUAUUCCAAUUCUUCUUGGCCAGAAGAGUUCACCAUCUCAGAGUCAAAGCUGCCAAGUUCGAUGAAGCCGGGAAAUUCGCGAUUGAAGCCAUCGAGAAUGUUCGGACCAUCCAGUUGCUGACUGGAGAAACGGAGAUCUACCAACAGUUCAGUAAACUGUCUGAACGUCAAUUGAAAUCGGAAAUGUUUAUUGCUCCAUGGAAUGUAAGAAUUGCCAUUGCAUGAUGUUGCGUAUGGUUUAAAGACUAAUUUAUUCUUAUUGUAGGCUAUGAACUUUGCCUCCACCCAUGGACUCCAGCACUUCAACCUUGCUUUUUGUUAUACUUGUGGAUUCCUUUUUGUGAUUGCUGGAUGGACCGCCAAAAUUGAAGUUUUCCAGUGAGUAUGCCUAUUGUUUAUUUGUAAUUCAAAUUUUAGAGUGGUCCAAACUCUCUAUUUUGGCAGUAUAUCCGUCCUACAAGCGUCAGAAUUUUUCCCUGAGUUUGUUAAAUCUCGAUUAUCAGCUGCUCUUAUGUUUAACAUCAUCAACAGAACACCGAAAACUGGAGAUAUUAACCAAGGAGAGAAGAUUGUAAGUUAAGUUAUGAUGUGAAACUUACUUACUUGCUGAUUUUAGCGUCUGGUCGGCGAUAUUAAUCUUGAUGACGUCUACUUUGCCUAUCCAAACUCUCCUAAGAACAUUGUUUUACGUGGGGCUAAUAUAAGGGCGGAACCUGGAAAGACUGUGGCGCUUGUUGGGCCUUCUGGCUCGGGUAAAAGUACAGUAAUCUCAAUGCUCGAACGAUUUUAUGACCCGUUGGCUGGAGUUUUAGUAAGAUUUUGGUAUUAUUAUUUUAAUUUUUAGAUGAUUUUAAAAAUAUUUUGCGAUAUUAUUGCGUAAUAAUUACAGAAACUGGACGGCAAGGAUCUCCGAACUUUGAACCUGAAGACUGUCCGUGAGCAAAUGGCUUUGGUUGAACAACAACCCCGUCUCUUCAGUGGGUCCAUCAAGGAUAAUAUAUGUUAUGGCCUCGAUUCCUCAAAAGUAACUGUCGAUGAGAUUAUGGAAGCUGCGAGAAUUGCAAAUGCUGAUGGAUUUAUCAGUCAACUGCCAGAUGGAUACGACACGUUGGUCGGAGAGAGAGGAGCUCAACUUUCUGGAGGUCAGAAACAAAGAAUUGCCAUCGCCAGGGCGAUCAUAAGACAGCCAAAGAUCUUGUUGUUGGAUGAAGCCACUUCUGCGUUGGAUUCGGCUUCAGAAGCGGCAGUUCAGGAAGCCUUGGAUCGUGCCCGACUAGGCCGAACUUGUGUUACAAUAGCACAUCGAUUAUCGUCGAUUCAGAAUUCAGAUGUGAUCGUGUAUUUGGAGUCAGGCAGAAUCCGGGAAGCCGGCUCUCAUCUACAGUUGAUGCAACAGAAAGGAAGGUAUUAUAAUCUGAUUAAGCGACAGGAUCUGAGUGCUCAAUAAACGUGUUCUCUUAUAAGUUGGCAUGUUUAUGUCCUCCGACCGCCCCUAUUUGUCUGUCUCCUCCCGUUUUUAUUGCUUUGUUUACUUGUCUCUAAUCCGUCGUGCAUCAUGCGUCCGAACUCGAUGUUGUAAAUUGAAUGUUAUAAUAUCUAGAUAUAAUGUUAUAAUGAUUAUUAUAUCUUCGAAUCGAUACGGUUUUUUAUUUUAAUAAACCCAAAGUUACAGCUGCAACUUCGCGCUUACCCCGAAAAUGGAAUGAGUGACAGUUUACGCUGCAGCAGUUCGGAUCGAAGACGUUUGUUUAGUACACCGGAAAAAGCAGUGGAAUGGGAACCUUUUAUUUUUCAUUGAUCGGCGGAGACUCCGGUAAUCCUCCUUGAAUUCGGCGGAGUGCUUUUUUCACAAACGAGGCUGCAAAUUGUUGUAUGUGUGAAGUAAAUGGGCGGGAGAGGAUUCAAUAGAUACAAUAUGACAUUUGUUUCAAAUUUUUUUCAUUCGGCGGAGACAUUUUUUAACCUCGGCGGACGAUUUUUCUUCGACUUUUGAGAGUCAAAAUUGGCUAAAACCAAAACGUAUGGUAUUCCUGGUGGCAUGGCGCCUAAAUACGACUUAUUACGUCUUCGGCUUACUAACAAUAAGAGAAGAAAAAAAGGCAAUUCGGCGGAGAAAAAAAUGAACCCAUUUUACAGCCUUGUUUGUGAAAAAAGCACUCCGCCGAAUUCAAGGCGGAUUACGGAAGUCUCCGCCGAUAAAACGAAAAAAUCUUUUUUGAUUCUAAAAACUCCAUUUUCUGCAAAAUGCAAAUUUUUUUUUCGGAUUGGACCACCGAGCACAAAGUUAUUAACGAAUAGUUUUUUCCAUAAUUCUUGGAACACCCUGUAUAAUAAAAUUGGCUGGAUUUUCCUUAAUGAGAUUGUAAAGGGAGAUAUUGUACAACUGUUGUAAGUUUACGCAAUACUACCUUUUCGAUUACAAAGAUAAGUUUUUGAACGUCAUCGGCUGAUCGAGUGGGUCACUUGUCACGCAAUAUUCAUACUGACGCCGUCUUCGCUGCUUCGCCUAGGUAGGACUCUUCGGCCAAAAUCGCGACCCGAAGCGGACUAACCGAAGGGGUUAGCCCGCUUCAAAUCUGGGCCCAUGGCUACGGCCAAUUCUCGAAUCGGCAUUCAAAUUUUUAUUUUUUAUUAGUAAUAAAAAUGAAUUAAAGCUGUAAUUUCGUUUAGUCCUCGUAAUUAGCGGUGAUAAAGCCAUCAAUUUGGAGUAAGGGGCAGGUGGGAAGAAGUGCAAAGAGAAACGGGAGUACUGUACAACACAAUUUACACUUAAGCCCAUUCUGACGUUAUACAUAAAACAGAGGUCUUAUUAAAGUCGACCCCCUUCGUUGAGCCUUCGGAAGCCAAUUAGCUGGAGGUUUUUGGAGUUUCCGCGGGGUUUCAGGCUUCCGGAAGACGAUAACCAAAUUAAAAGGAAGGUCCUUAUGUUGUUUUAGGUCUCUGAUUUUAACGUAAGUCUCAAAGAACCCGGUUCUUCGUUUACUACUCGUGCAAUGCCCUCUGCAAAUACUUUUUUUGUGGAUCAAAGUAUGAUUUUUUAAUUUAAAAUUUCUGGUAUUUGUACGUUGAAAUCGGAUAUAAAUAAGAGUGAUGCGCUUUAAUGCCAAGUUUCCAUUUGUAGGAGAUAUUGGAGAUUUGUGAUGGGUUAAUUAUAAAAGAACGACUAAAGUUGGGUUAUUUUAGGAUGCUCAGUGUGAAAUCUGAUGAUGGCUUCGUUAAUUCUGGACAUUGGGAUAAAAGUUGGCAAACUUUAGUCAAGUUUCCGGUUAAAAUAUCACUUUUUUGAUACCGAGUAGUUAUAAAAACAUUUUUUUUGACAGCAGAUUUAUUUAUAUACACACGUACAUAAAUAACUCGUACCGUAAUCGUUCAAUAAAUUACGUUUAUUUGUCAAAAAUAAACAUGCCUCAGUCUAGUAUGUAUAAUGUAUUUUCUAGAAUUGUGUUCAAAGAACAUACUAAACCAAAAACUUUUCUUAGUUCUUUGACCUGUAAUCUCCCCUCGGAUAUAAGGAUUUCCACAUCUACAGUAUCCCUUUCUUCUGUUUUUAACAAUUUCCUCUCGUUUUGUUCCUGGAAUGACCUGGACUCGAGCUCGGUCCCAUUUUCACGGUCUUAUUGUCCAGCCGGAUGCAUUUGAGGGGGAAAUAAGAUGUCGGAAGCACGUGGGGGAGGAAAAGUUUCAGCCGGGAUAUUGAAUAUCGGUUUGGGGUUCUCAUUUUGACGGGUGUAGCCUCUAUUUCAGGGGUUUGUAAAACGUACUUGGUCUGGUUGUAGUGUUCGAUUUCAUGGCUUACGUGAUACCUAAACAAACAACAUUAUUUAUAAUAUUUUAGAGGGAUUACUAUACUGUUUUUGGAAAUUGUUAUCAAAAAUUGUCAAAAAAAGUUGAGUUGAAGUUUCCAAUUUUGGCAUUUACAAAUUGAUGAUGAUGCAUCAUGUUGUUCGACACCACGACGGAUCGUGAGAUGACGAGUCAAGUGGUGGAACGUCAACCUUAGACACUGUAAUUAGAGACAAGCACCGUGCGACUCUCUUAAUUACCGGUCGGCCCACCCAUUCUCUCCGUUUUCAUAUUCGAUAUGCCCUCCGGCCAUAGCCUGAUAGUCGUCUAUUUCGAAUGCUUGCUUUUCCUGUAAUCAUUUCCGAAUACUUUUCCCAAUUUUUCUCGUUGCGUAACCUCUAAAAUAUAUAACAUAAAGAAUAACAUUGCGUGUGGGAUUGUUGAAAGUAAUUGAUUAACAGUCAACAAGUGGAUGUUUGUCAAUAAACCCUGUCCAAUCAUGGCUUUCAAUAGGCGGGCGAGAUCUCCUUCUUAAUCCAAUCUUAUCCUUCAUAUCCGAUAUUGUAAUUGAAAUCGAUCAGGGCGAUUUUUUCAGCAAAUCGUCCGCCAUUUGGGCCCCGCCGUCUUCAUGAAUCGGCCGUACUAGACUCGACCAACAACACCUCUGUGGCUGGUCGUCUGUUAAUGAAUUGAUUCCAAAGUGGAUUCACAAUUGCCGCCCCUUUUAUGGAUUAUCUAAUUUUGUAAGUUUGGCCAAUUUUAAAGAAAAAUAUGGGUGGUUUCUUGAUCAAUAAGGACAGUUUAUCAAUUUUCUUGGCUGCAGAAAAAUAAUUUCUAUUUUCAACCUCAGAAUUAGGGGAUUUCUUGUUCUUGAAACCUAAAAUAAAAAUUAAGUAAAUUUAUAUUAUACUAAAUUAUUGCCUCAUAUUUAUACUCCUAAAUAAAAGGGCAUUGUCCAUCACCCUUUGGGCUCUGUUGCAACGAAGCUGUUCUCAAUUAACGGCUCCAAAUUUAUCCAAUAAUAAUCAUCAAUAUAAAGAUGACGUUUUGGCCUUUGAAUAGGAUUGAAAUUCGAGCAAAGUCGAGGGAUGAUUAUAUAAAGCAGUGCACUUGCAGAUGACCACACACAUGAAACCCCUGUUCCCCGUUCUAAUACUGGUUCAGCUCCUUCUUUUUCGUUAUGCCGACGCCAACUUUCGACUCUGCGGAUUCAAGCUGACCACCACGCUGCAACACGUCUGCAAACAUCAGGUCUGCGGAGGAUAUCAAGUCCAAACGCAGAAACGUAGGUCUUCAUCGUCGUUGGUCUCAGUUUGGCGCGUCUUAAUGAGGCUGCACUAUCCUAGAUUAAAGAAGAACUUUUUUGUGCUUUAAAAUCAAGAAAGUGCUGUUAGUAUCCAGAAAAUAUUGCACUAGUAUCUUUGUGUUUCCGGCCUCCUCCGCAGAAGGUUAUGCAAGAUUUUGCAACAAUCUUUUUUCUUUAUAUUACACAUGACCUUUCUCCCUCUCUCGCUUGACCGAUUUCCGCCAGUUUUGGACCCUCUGAGUCAUGUUUUCCCGUUCCGUAUUAAAUUUCGAUUAAAACCAAAGACAUUCCAGAAUCACGCACUUUAUUCUUGAUCUCCAAAUAGCAAAAAUAACAUAAUUUAACAAAAAGAAAUUCAACAUUCUUUAUCCGCAAAUUCAUUGCAGGAGCGCUGAGCGAUUACAACAACCCUUUCUUCCGGUUUCGAAUCAUGGGAUACAAGCGGAAGAGUCACCAAAAACGGUCGGGGGUGGCCACUCAAUGCUGUCAGAACCGCUGCUCCCUCUCCUACCUUCGGACCUAUUGUUGUGCGGGCUUCGAACGAUGA